AUGUGGCUCAUCAACACAACCACUCUCAAGCUAGAGUUCUUCGUCAAUCCCGAGAAAGCGUCCUACGCCAUUCUAUCACACACGUGGGGAGAUGAGGAAGUCAUAUUCCAAGAAUUACAGAGUCUUGACAAGGCAAGCUCCCAGAAGAAGGGGUUCGCCAAAAUCGUGCGAAUCUGUGAAAAAGCUCGCCAGGAAGGCCUUCAGUAUGCUUGGGUGGAUACUUGCUGUAUCGACAAAUCAAGUAGCGCUGAGCUAUCUGAGGCCAUCAACUCGAUGUUUGCAUGGUAUAAAGACUCAGCUGUUUGUCUGGCGUAUUUGGAGGAUCUCCCGACUGAAGUUGGUUUCGAAGAGGGUUUUCAUUCCUGUAGAUGGCUUAGCAGAGGCUGGACUCUCCAGGAACUUAUUGCACCUCAGAAUAUGGAGUUCUAUGAUCAGGCCUGGACCAAACGGACAACCAAAAGAGCUUCGACAAAACUUCUGGCGAAGGUGACUGGGGUCCAGGAAGCGGUGCUAGCAGACAGCACGAACUUAACGUCUCUAUCUGUUGCACAGCGAAUGUCAUGGGUUUCUCGACGUCAGACUACACGAGCCGAGGAUAUUGCAUACUGUAUGCUAGGCAUAUUCGACAUCCACAUACCUCUGAUAUACGGUGAGGGCGAGAAAGCAUUCAUGCGACUGCAAGAAGAGAUUGCAAAGCAGACUUGCGAUCUGUCACUCUUUGCGUGGGCCGCGCCGCCACCUGAGCCUUCCAGCGAUCCCCAUAACUUUCGGGGAAUAUUUGCCAAGUCACCUGCAGAGUUCAUCGACUCACCACCCGUACUAGCAAACAGUGACAAACGUAGCCACUCAGCGAUCCCGUAA